AUAAGGAAUUACCGUACGGUACAACAAACGGGGUUCGCUCGUUCGUGUUUGGAAGAAAUAUCUGCUACGGUUAUUGUUGAGCUCUUACCUAUUUUUGACUUUUUGAGCGUUGUUGUUGCUCGUUAUUCUUGUACCCGUUGUGUCCACAAAGCAGACACCAGCAAAUCGAAUGCAAAACCAGCAAGCUACAAACGACGCCCGCUUUAGGCUAGACCGGAGCGGAUCGAAUUGAAAUCGAUCCAUACAAUCAACGAGACGCGCGAGAAAUGGAAUGCGUUGCGGCAGACCCAGACGAAACCGGUGCGGAAUCUGUUUCUGUUUCGUCCUAUCACCGCUUUGUCGACAACGGCAUCGAGAACGCCAACGAAGAUGUCAAUAAAAAUGGCGGCGGUUGCGAACACGAGUGCUUCGAGGACGAAUGCGAUCAGGGCAACGGGUCUGAAUCCGAAGACGAAGAAAAACGCGGCAACGACCGCGGAAACAAAGAACGGUGCGGUUGGAGCAAGAGUUGCCACUGCUGCUUCCGCUGCUGCCCCCUCCACAAAACCAUCCCGGAACCCCAAUCGCUGUGCACCCAGCCCUGUGUAGAAGCCGGGUCCGUGCAAGCCGCAGCAGCAGCAGCAACAGCCACGCGUCUCUCGGACCGGCUCACGUUCCUGGCACCGGCCAGCCCGGAACGGUCCCCCGGCGUGUGGAUGCUGAUCAACGCCUUUAUGCUGGUGUGGAGCCUCUCGCUCGGGCUGUACAUGACGCUGCUGUAUUGGUGGUACGACAAGCAGGGGAAGCGUGGCGCGGGCAAGGACGCGGGCGCCUACUCGGGCUACAACUACGUCAUCGACGACGACGACGACUACUACAACUACUACCAGUACGAGGAUUCCUCCCGGGCCAGCAAGGAGACCACCACCUACUAUUUGGUUUGGAGCCUCCUGACGAUGCUCGUGUGGAUGGCCGAGAUCUCGCUGAGGGCCGCCUUUCCGGCCGUGGACACGGUGCUCGUGGUGGUCGGCAACCACAAUCGAAGUGGCGGGCCGGCGGCAACCAACGGCCUUUCCUUUCCUGCGCCGAAGCAGACCGAGUACCGAGCGAUGGAAGAAACCCGCGACGACUCGGAAGACCGGCCUCCGCGAGAAGGCAACCGCGGUCACGACAACGACAACGACAGCGACACGGACCACGAUCGCGGCGGGAGACGAAUGGCGGUUGCCGCCAGCGGAGGCACGCCCGGGAUACCCUCGGACCGUUCCUCGGGCAGCAGCGUCCACCAGCACCAGCACCAGCACCCCGCCGGCAACACCCGGGUGGCGCUUCUGCCCUCCCACUCGAUCGUUACGGUUGUUGACAAGGUGCAGAGGCGCAGCAAGAAACGGACGGCGCUGAUCGUCACCGAGCUUUUUCUCGCGGUGUUCUUUCUCUAUAGAACCGUCGAGAACUGCUGGAACUACUGGGGAUGGGGCGACGAAGACGGCGACGACGGCCGGUCCUCCGGCAGCAGCAGCGACGGUGGCCUGUUCUUCACCAUGCUAGAGCAGCAGUUGGACGUCUGGGUCGGGGUCCUGGCCUAUGCCUACGUGACCUACGAGACCUACCACGCCUACCACUCGUCUACGGCGUCCCGGCGGGAGCUCCAGCGGUCCCUCUCCACGGUCCCGACGGCACUCUCGCUGGCGACGGCGGCCGGUCCGGGGGUGGUGCCGCGGCAAUGGACCGGGGUGCCCCCGCUCUACGGCGGCGGCAGUGGAAGCACCGACAGCGACAGCGACCGCGGCCUGCUGCCCAACGCGAGCGACGUUGUUGCGGGCGUCGCCGCCACGGACACGGAUUCCGGCGAGAGCGGGACCACGGUUUCGACCGCCGUUGCCGCGGGCGAGCGGCCCCCGGCGUCGCAGUGAGCCCGGCCGCGCCUCGGAACGAACGAACGAACGAUCGAUCGAUCGAUCGAUCGAUCGAAAAACACGAAUCCCAGCCGAUCGGCGAAGCACGAGGCCGCUUGCUUGGUGUCGGGCUCGCACCCUUUGCAAUCCUGUGGCUCUGUGGGGAAUGCAAGGGAGGAAAACGCACCGAGUGGAGCCACGGCAAGCGGCGGCGGAUGUUGGCACCCAUUUUCUUUUGGUACGGCAGGAAGAACACAAGCCACCCAAGCCGAAACCACUCGUCGACAAAACAAAAGCACACAUCGAUAGCCUUUCUUGUUUUUUUGGGGGGCGGGUGGUGCUUUGAUUUGUCUUCAUCGAUCAGAUCCCGUGACGACCGAUCAAUCGACAUCGCUCGCUUUGCUACUUGACGCAUGAUUCCCUGGACAGGUGUUCAGCCUCGCCUCGCCUCACCUCCACGGCUCUCUUUUUUUGUUCGGCGCUGUCGAGCGCUUGUUCGAAAAAGCACGAACCUCCCGGCAGAGCAUGGGCGACUUCUACUCCCUUCCUCUACCCACCAAAGAAUUAUCUUGUACAUAAAUUCGAGUGUCAUCUUUUAGAUGAGUUUUGAACACAUGACUGUGGUUCGUCUUGUUUUAUAUUUCUACUACUUCAGACUUCAGUGCACAAAACGUGUCUACAUGAGUACCGUAUCCUACGGAACAUUCAUGAGAAAUGAGAAACCAUAGCACGAUGUAGGAUAACUUAGAUU